GCGAUAGUUGUGUUUUAAAAUGUCGACCGAGCCCAACGUGUCAGGGGAAGACCAAAUUGGCUGAUAAUGUACUGGAACAAAGUGCUGUUCUGGGAACAGAAAACAACAUAGUUUGGAAUAUAUAUAUCUUUUGUGCGUCACACCUACGCUGUCCGCUGACAGUGCUCCAAAAAAGCUUGUAGCUUCAUCAAUCUUGGGCUCGCUUAAAACAUUUAGCGACGCCCCCUGUAUCCACUGCGACUAAGCGCCUAGUAACGAUAGCAAUUAGCUUGUAGCUAGAUAUUUCAAACCCCAGGGGCCAGGAUGCGAGAGGAUUCUUUGUGAGGAACGACCCCAUCCACGUGCCAUGUCUUUGGUUUUCCCUCGACCCAACACCAACGCAGUAAACGGCAAGAAGGAUAAGAGACUGAUGGCGGAAGUGAAUGCAUCGCCGCUCAAGCAUUUUGUCACGGCAAAGAAGAAGAUCAAUGGGAUCUUUGAACAGUUGGGGGCCUACAUCAAGGAGAGCGCUUCCUUUCUGGAUGAUACUUACAAAAAUGAAGAGCUGGACCCAGUUGCCACAGAGGAGCAGGUCCAGGAGGUCCAGGGCUACCUUGCCAAGGUUGCAGGGAUUGGAGAAGUACUUGCACGCAGGCAUAUGAAGGUGGUCUUCUUUGGGAGGACGAGUAAUGGGAAAAGCUCAGUGAUCAAUGCCAUGCUGUGUGACAAGGUGCUGCCGUCAGGAAUAGGACACACCACCAACUGUUUCCUGAGGGUGGAGGGCACUGAUGGCAAUGAGGCCUUCCUGCUCACUGAAGGCUCCGAGGAGAGGAAGAGCAUAAAGACGGUCAACCAGCUGGCCCAUGCGCUCCACCAGGAUGAGGACCUGGACGCCGGCAGCUUGGUCUGCGUCAUGUGGCCUAAAGCCAAGUGUGCUCUACUCAGGGAUGAUCUGGUGUUGGUGGACAGCCCAGGGAUAGAUGUUACCACAGAACUGGACAGCUGGAUUGACAAGUUCUGCCUGGAUGCUGACGUAUUUGUUCUGGUGGCAAACUCUGAGUCCACACUGAUGCAGACGGAGAAGUCUUUCUUUCACAAGGUCAAUGAGCGGCUCUCUAGUCCCAACAUUUUCAUCCUCAACAACCGCUGGGACGCCUCAGCCUCCGAACCUGAAUACAUGGAGGAGGUCCGCAGGCAGCAUAUGGACCGCUGCACCAACUUCCUGGUGGAUGAGCUGGGUGUGGUGGACCGAGCCCAGGCCAGUGAUCGCAUCUUCUUUGUCUCUGCCAAGGAAGUCCUUCAGGCUCGUGUGCAGAAGGCUCAAGGAAUGCCUGAAUCAGGUGGAGCUCUUGCAGAGGGAUUUCAAGCAAGAAUGUUUGAGUUUCAGAACUUUGAGAGGCGAUUUGAGGAGUGUAUCUCGCAGUCAGCGGUGAAGACCAAAUUUGAGCAGCACACCGUGAGGGCCAAACAGAUCUCUGAAGCCCUGCGCCGCAUUAUGGAUUCAGUGCACAUUGCUGCACAAGAGCAGAGGGUCUACUGCCUUGAGACAAAAGAUGACCGUCAGGCCCGAUUGGAAUUCAUAGACAAGCAGUUGGACUUGUUGACCAUGGACUGUAAGGCCAAGAUAAAGAAGAUUACUGAGGAGGUGGAAAGACAGGUGUCUAAUGCCAUGUCAGAGGAGAUCAGAAAGCUCCAUGUGCUGGUGGAGGACUUCCACAUGGACUUCCACCCAUCACCAGUGGUACUCAAGGUCUACAAGAAUGAGCUCCACCGCCACAUAGAGGAUGGUCUGGGCAAGAACAUGUCAGAGAGGUGCUCCACUUCCAUCACCAGUGCCCUGCAGGCCACACACACCGACAUGAUUGAGGGUCUGAAGCCUCUGCUGCCCAACCCGGUCAGAGAGCAGGUAGACAAGCUGGUUCCCCGUCAGUGCUUCAGCCUCAGUUAUGACCUGGCCUGUGACAAGCUGUGCAGUGACUUUCAGGAGGACAUCAGCUUCCACUUCUCUCUGGGCUGGACCAUGCUGGUCAACCGCUUCUUGGGACCCAAGAACACCCGGCGGGCCCUCAUGGGCUACAACGACCAGGUGCCCAGGGCCCUGACUCCUGUAAGCAGCAGCAUGCCUCCGUUCCCCCAGAGCUCCGUCACCCAGGAGGAGCUUAUGGUCUCCAUGGUGACUGGGCUGGCUUCUCUUACCUCUCGUACCUCCAUGGGUGUCCUUGUGGUUGGCGGCGUGAUCUGGAAGGCAGUGGGCUGGCGUCUGAUUGCCCUGUCAGUGGGUCUUUACGGACUCCUCUACAUCUAUGAGCGGCUCACCUGGACAACCAAGGCCAAGGAGAGAGCCUUCAAGAGACAGUUUGUGGACUACGCCAGCGAGAAGCUGCAGCUCAUCGUCAGCUACACCGGAUCCAACUGCAGCCACCAAGUCCAGCAGGAGUUGGCAGGUGUCUUUGCUCAGCUCUGCCAGCAGGUAGAUGUAACCCGUCAGAACCUGGAGGAUGAGAUCACUGACAUGAACAGCAAGAUGGAGCUGCUGGACAGCCUUCAGAGUAAGGCCAAGCUACUGCGGAACAAGGCGGGCUGGCUGGACAGCGAGCUCAACAUGUUCACCCAGCAGUACCUCCACCACAGCAAGUAGAGCACCCAGAGGAUGGGCCGUGAGACUGAGGGACAUCUGGAACACCUGCUGAACCCCUUGUAGAUGACACACUUCUGUAUUUAGAAGUUAAUCAGAGGAAAUUCUCCACAAUGUUGGGAAAAGGAAAAAGAGAAGGGAUGGUUUGAUAUGAGAGGAAGAGUUGCCUGGUGGCUGAGACACUGGCGACACUGCUUGGACCUGAGCUCCGGUUGGAUGUCCUGCGCUCAGCUGGUGACGUGUCGCUCAAAACUAAACAGUGAAUCAGCUAUUUGAUAUAAGCCCUAACAUAAAUUUAUUAAA